CUCAACUCACCGUAUUGUCCUCUUGCUGCAGCAAAGAUGGAAAACAACGACCCUACAACGAUUUUAAACGGUACAUUUUACUUUAAAACACUUCCGGACGGCUCAAUUGACAGGUCAAAGGCAAUAUGCUCCUUUUGUCAGACUGAAUUUAAAUAUCACCGAAGUAAUUCGAGUUUGAUCUACCACCUACGAGCUAAGCACACAGAUGUAGCUAACCAGACUUGUGUUAACGGGCGACAGCAGCAGCAAAGGCAGCAGAGCUCCAUUUUGGAGUACGGGAAUCGCCACAGACCCGUGGAUGAAAUUCAGUCGGAUAGGUUAACGACAGCGCUGGCUAUAUGGGUGGCAACUGACCGCAGGCCAGUGGACAUUGUGGAAGACCCAGGUCUAAGGGACGUCCUCAGGUUGGCAUGUUGUGACCAGUCAUAUGUGUUACCAUCGAGGGGAACUGUAGUUUCACGAAUACAGGAACUGUACGAAACCGAGAAAGCGACCAGACUGGAACUCCUGAAAGGUGCAAAUACUGUCCCAUCAUCAGGGGAUCAGUGGACUUCAGGAGCAGAAAGUAUUGAGGACCUGGAGGUGCGUGUUAAAGAUGAGAAGGAGCUCCAAUGUCCUCUCCCCAUCAUUAGUACAAGCUUUUCUCUCAUGGGACCCCGUGAAAACAGCCAGCAGGAGAUGGAGCUCCCUCUUAAACGUAAGAUAAGUUCUGCAGAGACCCUCACCAACUCAAGAGAUGAUGAUGAACUGUUCCUGCUCAGCCUGCUGCCCUCACUGAAGAGGCUAACUAUAAAAAAAAGGAUGGCGGUGCGACUGAAAUUCCAACAAGCCCUUUAUGAUACAGAGUUUGAGGACUGAAGGGCCAAAUCAAAGGAAAAAAUGUUUGAUUAGUGAAAGUGCUUGUUACCGUAUAUUUAAAAAGUUGGAACAUGAUAACAUUAAAAAUUUCAACCAA